UGACCUCUCUCUCUCUCUCUGUGUGUGUGUGUGUGUGUGUGUGUGUGUACUGCUUAGUCAUUACUGAGAAUGAAAGCCCUCCUCAUGACUUCCUGCUGUUCUCAGUUUGCCUCUCCUCUCUGCGGUUCAGCGUCUGGUUUAUGUUUCCUCAGUCUGACCUGUUGAUCGACGGCUCAGCAUCAAACUGACCAUCUCUGGGAGUUUUUCUGGAGUCGCAGAAUAUUUGGGUAUCUGAGACAUUUGGACAGACUGCCACAGGUUAUCAACAACAUAUGAGCUUCCAUUUGUGACCAUGGCAGAAAAUGUUGGAACCAAAGAGGAUGAUCUGCCUCCUGAUGUCAAUGACUGGAGUACAUCUCAUGUAAGGGUCUGGGCCCUUAGACUGAAGGGUUUGGAUGUCUCCACUGCAGAUUUGCUGUUUGAAGAAAAUAUCUGUGGUCCCAGUCUUUUGCUUCUGGAUAAAUCAGAUUUAACUGAAAGGGGUGUGAAGCUUGGACCAGCGAAGCUUAUUAUUCAUGCCAGAGAUGAAUUAAUCAAAUUAAAGAGCGAGAACCCAACAAGAUCCUCUGACAAGCCUGGGAAACCCAGUAAGCCGUAUCCAUUCGGUAGAUACCACGAUACAUUCAGAUAUGUAGAGGGCAGCGUUCUAGACGUCCCAGAAUCAGGCGCCUUAGACUUUAUUGAACCCUGUCAUGAAUAUAAAGGUUUCUAUCAGACACCUGAUGAAGCUAAACUGGAGAAGUUCACCACUGAGGUCAUUCGGUUUGCAGCUGCCUGCAUGAAUAGCCGCACUAAUGGUACCAUACAUUUUGGAAUCGGAGACAAACCAGACUAUGACCAUGGUCAGGUAGUGGGAGUCACUGUUGAUGACAAAGAGGGAUAUGCAAAUGAGCUAAAAUCAGCCAUUGAUGGCUACUUUGAAUACAAGCACAAGGAUGCAGCUCAAAUGUGCAUCAAACCGCCUCGAUUUGUUGAGGUUCUGAACAGAAAUACAACAUCAUCUGACAAAUUUGUGAUUGAAGUGGACAUUGAGCCUCAGUCUGCCAUCUGUGAAGAAAACAUCUUCCACACUUACGGCACAAAAAAAGGCAAGAAGACCAAAGGAACUGAAUCACAACCAUCAAAGUCUCUCUACAUCCGAGACGGUGGCAGCAGCAGAGACCUGCUAGCACCAAGCACAUCUUCCAAACCCAGGUCAGAGUACAAUCAGUUUGAGGACAAAAUGCCUCAACUGUCACAGUACCGCAAAGAAGCAGAGGAGAAGCACUUCAAAGGAAUAAAGAGCACAACUCAAGGCUCCAGGUUAAUUCACAUGAUAACAGGUGGAGCCUCAUCAUUGGAUAACUCCAAUUUUGAACAUUAUGUCAUCGUGACAAACAAAUCUCAUCCAAGCCAUUUUGAAAAUCUGGGAUUUCUCGUAGAGCUCAAACCAGCUGCUGUUUUAGACUUUGAUCCUGAAUCAGCUGAACAAGGAUUGCAGACUUACUUUCAAAAGCAGAGCACAGUGAGCUCACAUUUACCAGCAAAAUACAAAAUAAUGGAAAGUGUAAAAAAAACUGCUGCCAAAUUAGAAUUACCUAAAAGCACAAGCUGGGUUUUCUGCAAUGGAGGUAUUGAGGAAGAGGAGCCCUCAGAGGUUGACCAGUGGUUGAUGGAAAAGGGCGCCUCGAUUCGAGAUGUUAUUUCUUUCUUGUGCCGUAAAGAUGUGCUAAACAAGAGGUUCCUUGUAAUUUUCUUACUUUUAUCAACAGUGAGGGAGAAAAUGGAUCCCCUUGUUGAGACCUUCAGCAUGUUCCUGCAGGAGCUCAGAAAGCCAGGACAGAUCCUCUGUAUCUGUGACAAUGAGAACACAUUCAUUUCAUGGAGGGAUCUCAUUGAGGCCAAGUGUGGAGUCGGCGUCUCUGACAGAUGCAUCUCUGAGCUCAGUUUUGCUGAAGUCAAUGGAACCGUCCUCAGUCUCUGGUCAGAAAAUCGCAGAGCCAAACGGUUCCUACCAUGUGGGGGUGAGAGCAAGGUGCCUCUGGAGAAAAAAUUUGAGCAAACCUUGAAUACUUUGGAGAUCUUGUGUGUGAAUCAGUGUGAAGGAGGAAAUGAGGACAGAGUUGCCAUAGAGGAGAAUUUCUAUAGAGGUGGGAAGGUAUCAUGGUGGAAUUUCCAUUUCUCUGAAUUACCUGGAUUAACACCAUUCAUUAAACGGGUCCAGUUUGAUUACAUUGUGAACACAGUUAUACCAGAUUUAUGCUCCCUACCUAAAGCUUGUGUCCUGUUCAAUCUCCUCCAUCUGCCUGGUUGUGGUGGGACGACCUUGGCCAUGCAUGUUUUGUGGGCUCUUAGGGACAGGUAUCGCUGUGCCGUCCUCAGGGAAAAGUCUGACUUUAGUACUGUGGCCGAUCAUGUGAUCCAACUUUUAAUGUAUCAAUAUGAUGAGCAAACACCAGGGGUUCCUGUACUGCUGAUGAUUGAUGACUUUGAGGACAUGGAGAAGGUUGAAGAAUUACAGUUUGCAAUUGAAACACAGUGUACUGAAAAAGACAUCCAGGCUGCAAAGGUCAUCCUCCUGAACUGCAUGAGGUCAGAGUCCAAUCCAGUGACAGAACUAACAACAGAGAUUGUGUUCAUUGGGAACAACCUCUCUGACAAAGAACUAAAACUGUUUGAGGUAAAACUUAAGGAAAUAGAAGAACAACACUGUGACUUUGAAACUUUUUAUGGCUUCAUGUUUAUGAAGGAGAACUUCAAUGCAGAAUAUAUCGAAAGGGUGGUAAGGAACACCCUGAAAAACUUCGAUAUGAACCAAAAGAAUGCACAACUCUUUGCAGUUUUGGUUCUGUUGAGAGUUUACUGCAAGUACUCCUCUCUUUCCUGGAAUCUAUGUCUGGAUGUUUUGGAUCAUACAGUCCCUGUUUGUGGAGAUCUCAGAAUUGGUGACGUCUUUGGGGAAUUUUCCAGUUUCAUUUCCUUCUGCUGGGAUCAAGAUAAGGUUGAGUACAUAGCAGUACAAAUAACAUACUCAAUCAUUGCAAGGCAAUGCUUGGAGGAAAUAAGAACAACACACAAAAUCACAAAAGCUAAAAUUACUAAGUUUCUGCUGACCACUGACCAGCUGUAUGAAUAUACACAAGGCACAGACAAUCUCUUUCAAUAUGUGCAUGAUAUUUUAGUGAAAAGAUUUUCUUCAUCUGAGGUUUCUCAGUUCUCUCCUCUGAUUCAUCAAAUUGCAAAAGAAACACCUGGACAGGAAGAGAUUGUGCUGACAAAUGCAGCAAAAAGAUUAGAGAAUGAUGCUGUUGUCUCUCAGUUGUUGGCCAGAUACUAUUUGAAAAAGAAGGAUUUCACUGUUGCAAAAAAUUGGGCAAAAGAAGCCAUGGGACUUUCCAAAGAUAACUCUUAUAUUGCAGACACAUCAGCACAAGUUUUUAAGCAUGAGCUAAAGAAUGAAAUUUCAAACUGCAAGGAAGGACAGUUCAUCAGCCCAGAGAAAUUGGGAAUUGCUCUCAAAAUGGCCCAAUCAGCAAGGGAAGCAUUUCAGAAAACACAAGACCUGGCUAAGAAGGAAUCGCUUUACAGAAAUAAGAUCAAAACAAACAAUCAACACAUCAGGGUUUCUUGGAGAAAUCCAGGUUGGAGUUCUUAUCUUAGGCUUGUUAGAAAAAACUCCUGUGCCUUCUUUUGAUGAUGUUCGACGCGAUAUAAUGAGCGAGUUCCUCUCUGGAAAUAUUACAAUAGAGAGCAUAAAAAGAACGGAUCCCCAGUACAACAAAAACA